AUGGAUACAACAACCCGUCCAGCCCCCUCCCCCUCCUCGUCAUCAUCAUCAGCGUCCGUGACCUUGAGCGUGCGUCAUCUGACCUUGACCCUGGUCCACCUCCUCCUCCUCCUCUCGCCCCUCGUGCCUCCCUCAGCCAGCGUGGUGUACUUCCGUCAGAUGAGUGACCGGGUCAUCACCACGCGCUACGGCAAAGUCCGUGGGAUUCUCGUCCAGUUCGAGAACAAAAACCUCAAGUCUGUGGAGGCGUACCUGGGGCUGAGAUACGCGGACCUGGACGGCGGGGGGAUGAGGUUCAUGCCGCCCAAGAACCCCAAGGACCAGUGGAACGGCAUCCGUGUGGCCAUCUCGCACCAGCCCGUGUGCCCCCAGCCAACCACUCACGAGCGGGAACUGAACCAACAGCUGCCCAAGGGGAGGGUGGACCAGCUCCGGAAUAUAACGCCCUUCAUCACGGAGCAGAAGGAGGAUUGUCUCACGCUCAAUCUCUACGUGCCGAAACAGCUCCCUCUCUCCUAUCAAACAUCUAUCGUCCUUAUUUCUCCUCCUUUUUUGUGUUUGUUACUCUCUCGUAACACCUCUAAUCUUCGACAUUUAUAUGACCUAAUUGUAUUGCAAGUGCAGUAAAACGCUUACUUUAACCAUUAAUUU